AUGGAUCUUGACGAUACGACUGCUCCCGAAGAAAUUCAUUCUUCAGUCGAUGAAGCUCGUAAAGCCGAAGAAAAGGCUCGAGAAGAACGUCUCAAAGAAGAAAAAAAAAUUAAACAACAUGCUCAAGAAGAAGCUAAAAUAGUGGAACAAGCGGUAAAUGAAAAGAAAGGUCAAGUGCUUUCACAACAAUAA